GUGAACCCCAGUCAGGUUGAACUGUCCGCUGGCAGCUACGUCAGACGCAGUCUUUCCCUGGAACCCGUGGCUAUCGCGUCGCCGCACCAUGAGCUCGUCAACCAGCACCAGCGAUCGCAGUGAUCCUUCCUCCUGCGUUGAUCCUAACCGGCGCGAGGAAGCCACCGGUGGAUCAACGUCACCAUCGCACGUCCGGUUCGUGAUAGCGCUGGAGCCACUGCUCACGGUGCUCUCGAUAGUGUUCGAUCUGGUGAAAGUGAUUCUGCUCGGUGUGCCGCUACUGUUCCGUGAAAUCUAUUCCAUGUUCGUACCCCGACCGCAGAAAGAUGUCCGGGGGCAGGUGGUGCUCGUAACGGGGGGCGGUAAUGGGUUGGGGCGUGCGAUGGCCCAACUGUUGGCGGCGCGUGGCUGUCAUCUGGUGCUGGUGGACAUUGAUCUGGCGGCCGCUGAGCGGACGGCCGAAGAGAUUAAGCAACAGUACGGUGUGUCCACCCGAGCGUACCGGGUGGAUGUGUCCAAGUACGACCAGUGUCAUCAGUUGGCCGCAAGUAUAGAACGGGACGGAGCCGGACCGGUGGAUAUUCUGAUCAACAAUGCUGGGCUGAUCAUGUUUGCCUUCAUCAACGAUUCGGACGUGGAGCGCGCGAACAGCGUGAUGGACGUCAACAUGAAGUCGCACAUAUGGAUGACGAAAGUGUUUUUGGACGGGAUGAUCAAACGCAAACGUGGCCAUAUCGUCGGUAUAUCUUCAAUGUCCGGCAUGUACGCUUUUCCGUGGGGCGUUGUGUACUCGGCAACGAAAUUUGCCGUGUCCGGUUUCAUGGCCUCCCUUACGGAGCAGCUUCGCAUCCAGGGAAUUUCGAAGAGCGUACGCACCACCUGCGUCAAUCCGUACUACGUCACGACACGCAAGGAUGUGGUUGAGUUCCUGCAGAAACCACGGUUUGCUCCCCUGACGUGCGAUCAGGCGGCACGGGAGAUCGUUAAGGGAAUCUUGCGGGAAGACAUCGUGGUGACGGUACCGAGACUGUUUGGUGUAUUUACUCGGUUCAUGCUAUUCUUCCCAGUGCCAGUACAGCAGCUCGUUCGAGAUUAUUUAAUCCGCGAAUAUGAGCUAAACAAUAAUUUACACACGUAGAACCAACACGACGCAAAUUUGGUAGAUGAAGGAGCCUAAUAUUAGUACACGAUGUACGUCGAUACUCACUGAGAAGAAUGCCUUCGGAGGGAGUUAAUGCCUGACUAGUAUUUGAAAUUUUCUUAUACAAUAAUACAACUGCAUCUUUAUACGAUAAGAGUUAGCUAAUAAAAUCAACGACGGUAAGUGUGUCAAGCAAACAA